AUGUCUUCCAGCACAACCGGCCCUCCGCACAAGAAGCGACGUUAUGUCGACUCGAAUCCCGUCAACGGCGCCCUCGGAAACGACGACUCAUUCGGCACUCGAUCUCUACCCGUAGCCACUCUUCCAGACGACUUCAGUGGAGAUCCCCUGGACGGCGAACAGUACCUUGCUGUUGUCCGACGUGAAGCUUUGACUGCACCAGGCAUUUUUUUCGCUGAGCACAACCCCUAUGGCUCACCCACAGCUGAAGAAGCUUCGAUCGAGACACCUCUGUCAUCGACCACUUGGGUAACAGGCAGCAAAGAAGAAGAAGCUCUACUAAUGCCCACUCUAGAAUGGCGUUCAGCAUUCGAACUGCAAUUCAAGAAUGCGCGCGAAGCACUCAGCAAUCCACCCACAUCCCCUGUUAAGCUUACCAAAGAUGAUCUCCCCAAAGUCGGCAACUUCUCUGCCUGGUAUGCAUGGAUGCAUGGCCGUCCACCGCCGCCCCUUUCGCCGGAGGAAGCAGAGAAGCAAUCUCGGAAAGGACACACGUGGAAACUACGCGAGCCGUCAGCAGCACUCUUACUGCGACUUAGCACAGAACAGAUACUGGGUUUGCUCGAGGCUUUUCCGUGCUGGCUUGCGCAUCGAGUUGCUAUCCCCGACUCGCAGCAAAGCAAAACAGGAGGGGAGAAAGGAGGAAGAGAGGUAGUGCAGCCUCUGCAUGCACGAUGGAUGUUCGCUCUGCUCUUGCGGCUAGAUGGCAGGUUGGUUAGUGAAGAGAUCAGCACACUGCGCACCUUGGCAAGAGCAUGUGUAGCAGCCAUCACACUUGCGAGGAUCAGAAGAAAAGCAGUUCGGUCACGAAACAAAGCGGAUCAAACCGAACAGCAGCAAGAAGAGCAGCAGAGCAUGAGAAGGAAUGAAGCAGGAGCAUGGAUGAUCGUCACCAUAAUUGCAUCGGUUUGGGGUCAGUCGGAUCUAUGGGAUGAUGCUGCUGUUGAUAUGAAACGUGUCACCUAG